UCUCGCGGUUUCCAGGCGAGUUCUGAAAUUAAUUUUUUCAUUCGUGUCCGAAAACCCCUUCCGACAUCCGGUCAAACGUUCGAUGUGACAUCCAAAAAUUUUCUUUUCCCCGACUAAACACACCCAUACUGUCAAAAGGUAACAGAAGUUGUGGCUGAUCCAUCACUGCUUAGUUGGACUUGAUGAGACUGACCUACCAAACUUUGAACUGUCCUGUCCUCCUGUGCCAUGUGAGGACACAAGGCAAGCAGUUUCUUGCUCCAGAAACUCUGCUCACAUCAUGGCACGAUGCUGAAUAGUAUGCCAAAAACUUCCUUGAUUCCAUGCGGCCUCCAUGGCUGCUGCUGCUCAUUUGUCCCUGUCUCAACACCCCUUCUAUCUAACAAACACUAGUACCAUUUUGUAAAUUAUGUAUGACGCGGUUGACUUUUUAUUAACGUUUGACCAUUUGUUUUAUUUAAAAUUUAUGUGAAAAUAUAAAAAAUUUUAUGUCAUGCUUAAAAAACAUUUGAUGAUGAAUCAAGUCAUAAUAAAAUAAAUAAUAAUUACGUAAUUUUUUUAAAUAAGAUGAAUGGUCAAACGUUAAACGAAAAGUCAAUGGCAUCAUAUAUUAUUAAAAUAUGGAGGUAGUACUUUGUAAGCUUGUAUGCUUCUACUACUAUACUAGUGUAAUGCAUUGCUAUUGCCUUCAAAUGCAUAUAUGGUCCAUCUAUCCAUGGCUUGGUGAUCACUAGAUUGUGCCAUCAUGAUUGCAUGAUUGAUUGCACAUUUGCAUCAUUUCCACUUGACUUGAGCCGUCAUGUCUGCUUCUUCUCCUGUUGCCUACGACGCCAAUGUCCUCCUGGCCGCGGUCACCGCGCUCUCGGCGGCCAUCGCGUUCGUCGCCGCGCUCCACCUCUACGCCCGGUGUCUCCUGCGGCGGCGCGUCGCCGGCGCCGGCGCCGGCGCCGCCGGCAACCCUCACGCGCUGCGCCGCCCGGUGACCCCGGGCGGCAACUACGAGCUCGAGGUGAUCAGCGUCGCGGCGUGCGCGCUGGAGGGCGGCGGCCUGGACGCCAAGCAGCUGGGCGCGCUGCCGGUGUUCACGUGGGGGUCUUCUUCUCCGGCGACGGCGGCGGCGGACGCCGCCGUGCAGUGCGCGGUGUGCCUCGGGGAGAUGGAGGACGGCGAGCUGGGGAGGCUGCUCCCGGCGUGCCGCCACGUGUUCCACGCCGAGUGCAUCGACACGUGGCUCGCCGUGAGCUCGACGUGCCCGGUGUGCAGGGCGGCGGUGGGGGCGGCGGAGGAUGAUGAGCCAGCGGCGGCUCCGGUCGCUGGCGUGUCGCCGGCGAGCUAGGUGUGUUGAGUAUCAGUGUACAUUCGAUCACUUGCUAGAGUUUGUAUCUAUGCACUUGAAAACAAAAUUCGGGUAUUUUUUUUCUUUAGGAAACAAUAAACUUCGUAGGAUUUGUACAUUGCAAAUCAAAUCGACCCUGAAUGAGCACAGAGAAACUUAGAAUUCUCGACAAAUUCCAAUUAAAAACUUUAUAUCCCACUUUCACAUAGCGUAUAAAUCCAGGUGCUCCAUAUUUCAA